AUGGCUGGCGAGAGCUCGGGCGCGGUCGCCAAACUCCCAGGCGCCCUCACCUUGAUCAUCCAGUGCUUGCAGUCGGCACGCGACGUUGUCGUCUUCGUCCAGGCGCUGCCACCCGCUUCGCAGGACGCACCGCUCGUGGCAGCCAAGGAGCUGCUAACGCGACCAGGCCCGUUGGCGUACAUGUGGCCUGCGCUCCUUCUAGACGACAUCGACUGCGACGACGAUAGCAUCGUUGCGCUCUAUCAUGCGGCACUUCCAGCUCUCGUGUCUGUCUGCGCCAAGGAACUCGAUUUGUUUGGGCGCGUUAUGCGUCCUCGAGGCAACGUCAAUACGCCAGCGCAAGGCUUUAUCGAAUUUGUCUCGCAGUGGCCGCUCAAGAUGACGCACGUGGACAGUAGGUGGGUGCAAGAAGUCGGCAGUGUGGCCUUUUGCACCUUGCUGCGUCGCUGCACGCGCCUCGAGACCCUCGAAUUAAGCGCCGGUGAACACGCCCAAGACAUCGUCGCGGCCAUGACAACGCCAGUCCACCGCGUGCACACGCUUCUUCUAUCUGGGUCCAGCCCUGCGAUGAACUGGACUUCGCUGCUGCAGCCAUGGCUGUCGAGUGGCCAUGCUCGACACGUGUCGUUCAACAAGGUUCCGACAACCGACUGCAGCGGACUGGCGCACGCACUCGCAACGACGAAGUCCCUUCGGGGCCUCAGUAUUGUCACCAACGACGAUAUACUCUGCGAGCUUCUUGAGUGGAAGCUGCCUCUACACCACAUCACGGAGCUGAAGCUGGCGACUCCCAACGCCAAGGCUAUGCGUCAGCUCAUGCAGCUUGUCGACGUUACCAAGCUCACGUCCCUCGCACUGCAUUGUCAGUACGAGAUCUCGGACGUCCUCGGCCUCAUACCACGCAUGACGACCCUGCGCCAUCUCUCACUCCAGUGGGUCCACUUUGGGGUUACCGACACGUCGCAGUGGCCGGACCUUGAAAGCGUCGCAUUUGACGACAUCGACUGCGACGACGACGGCACCGUUGCGCUCUAUCAUGCGGCGCUCCCAACUCUCGCGUCGGUCCGCGCCGAAAAAGUCGAGCUGUUUCAGCGUUUUAUGCGUCCUCGAGCGAGCACGCCAGCGCAAGGCUUGAUCAACUUUAGCUCGCAGUGGCCGCUCAAGAUCACGCACGUGAAAGAGCGAUGGCUGGGCGCGAUCGGCGAUGCGGCCUACUGUAGCGUGCUGCGUCGCUGCACGCGGCUCGAGACGAUUGAAGUCGAUGCCACAGCAAACACCAGCGACAUCCUCGCCGCCAUCACGACACCCGCGCAUCGCGUGCAAUCGCUCUUCGUUACGGCGUCGGUCUGCGCUCGGGCGAUGAACUGGGCCUUGCUUCUGCAGCCAUGGCUCUCGAGUGGCCACGCUCGACAUGUGUCGUUCGAACAUAUUCGGACACCCGACUGCAACGCGCUGGCGCACGCACUGGCCACCACGAAAACGCUUCAAGGCCUCCGUAUUGGGGACAACGACGAACUACUCGGCGAGCUUCUUCGAUGGAACCUGCCCCUACACCACAUUACGGAGCUGGAAUUGACGAUGUCUUACUCCAUGAUGCAGCUCAUGCAGCUCAUAGACGUUGCCAAGCUCAUAUCUCUCACGCUCCAUUGCGACUACGAGAUCUCAGCGUUGGAGGUCGUUGGCCGCGUACCACGCAUGUCUGCACUGCGCCAUCUCUCGCUAUGCCGGGUCCACCUCAAUGAGGUCGACAUGUCGCAGUGGCCGCACCUCGAAAGCCUCUCUUUGACGCGGGUCAAGUUUACACACGCGGCUUUCGACGCAAUACUCGCUUACCUUAACAACGUGCAAGGCCUCCAGCGGUUGACAUUCGGGCGCGUGUCGGAUGGCCGCUUCGCUGCCUGGAGUCGCACGCUCGGCCGCUUGAUCAACAGCGGGCUUGUGGCAGUGCGAUUGACCGGCUGUUUCCUCGACGGCUACAACGCCGAGCGCCUUGCGUUUGCCUUGCGCCAACGGCGCACCGCGUCGCCACUGAGACUGGACCUUUGCUACGAUGAAUUUGGUUUUGAAGCUGUCCGUGUGCUCGUGGAAGCCCUUGCGGUCUGCACCAAUGUGAGCGUCCAAAUGGAACCCGGCAGAUAUGCGAUCUUCGAUUUAUACCACGACGCAGUUCGACCGUUUCUGGAGGCCGUUCGAACGACGCGUGGUCCAAACGUGGCAGAGAUCGCUGUGGUCUAUCACCUCGAGGCAAAUGCCAUGACAACGAUCUUUACGUAGCGCAAUGCAGUCGAUCGUCGCGUCACGUCAUUUUUCGAUAACACUGUACUAGAGCUGCCCGUACGUUCU